AUGAAUACAGAGAGACUGUCAUUUUCAGGUCCAGAAUUUAUUAUUCUGUCUAGUGAACCACCAGUGACCUUACAGCUGCCUGGAUCAAUUGUGACUAAAAAAGGAAAAUCCUAUUUGUCCCAAAGGGAUCUCAACGUGAUUCUACUCAACGGGCAGUGCCUUGAGGUGCAAUGUGACAUCAAGUCCAAGGCAAGAGAUGUUUUCAAUACUGUGGUGGCAUACGCAAACUUGGUGGAACAUUUCUACUUUGGCUUGGCUUACCUGAAAGAAUUUUGGGCUACUGAAGCUAUUUUGGGCUCCAGACUUACCACAGAACCCCAAAUUCUCAUUUCAGGUAAAGAGUUUUUCUUUUUGGAUGAUGAUACCAAGCUCUACAAAGUGGCUCCAGAAGGCUGGAAUGACCAACCCAAGAAGAAAACCUCCAUCAUUAACUUCACCCUCUUUUUGAGGAUAAAAUUCUUUGUCAACCACUUUAAUAUCAUCCAGCACGGCUUGACAAGACAUCAGUUUUACCUGCAGCUUCGUAAAGAUAUUUUGGAGGAGCGAUUAUACUGCAGUGAUGAGACUGCCCUGAAGCUCGGCGCUUUGGCCUUACAGGCAGAGCUUGGCAAUUAUGCUUCUGAGGUGUGGAUAAAUAGUACAAUAUUUCUCAGAGGUUUCUGUCAACAGCUUUUACAGCUUUUGCUUGUCACGUACUUAAAAGAUGAAAUGUGAAUAGCAUGUAAUUUCAGCUAAGCCCUUCAGUAAUCACAUUUCAGAUUUAGUUUAAAUAAUUACAAAAUUUGUCUGAUUAAGCAACGGUAGUGAGCCAGAUGAAUUUGGCAGGAAACAUGGCAGAAUGAUGAAAGACUCUUGGUUCUUCAUAAUUAGCAACAUAGCCAAGAAACUCCAGAAAAUCUGUAGAAAAUUUCCAGCAUGGGCACAACUUGGAUGUACAGAGGGGCUUAAAGAGAUUAGAAAGCAAGGAAGAGAAAAAUAAAUAAACACUCCAGAUUUCACAGAGAUUUUGUGUGUAGGCUCAGAUCCACAAGCUGCAAAGACA